AUGACAGACCAGAUGUGCACCUUUCUUUUCAAAAAGCCUGGGCGAAAAGGGGCUACAGGUCUCAGAAAGCGCCCGAUCUGCCACCAAGAGUCCGGAGACGGCAGCAGCAGCAGUGAUGAAGGCAGCGCUGUGGUUAGCCGGAAAAAGAAGCGGGCGACCCACAAUCCGAUGAUACAGAAGACCCCUGGCAGUGGUAAACAGAAGGCAGCUUAUGGUGACCAGAGUAGCCAGGAGGAGGAGAACGAGCCCGAGAGUCUCGGCGUGGUCUAUAAGUCCACUCGCUCAGGGAAACCCGUGGGGCCAGAGGAUAUGGGUGCGACUGCUGUCUACCAGCUAGACACAGAGAAGGAGCGUGACGCACAAGCCAUCUUUGAGCGCAGCCAGAAGAUCCAGGAGGAGCUGAGGCACAAGGAAGAUGACAAGAUCUAUCGGGGAAUCAAUAAUUAUCAGAAGUACAUGAAACCCAAGGAUACAUCUAUGGGCAAUGCUUCCUCCAAGAUGGUGAGGAAAGGCCCCAUCCGAGCUCCCGAGCAUCUGCGUGCCACCGUGCGCUGGGAUUACCAGCCCGACGUUUGUAAGGACUACAAGGAGACUGGCUUUUGCGGCUUUGGAGACAGCUGCAAAUUCCUCCAUGACCGUUCAGAUUACAAACAUGGCUGGCAGAUCGAACGUGAGCUUGACGAGGGUCGCUAUGAUGUCCAUAAGGAUGAAAACUAUGAAGUGGGAAGCGAUGAGGUGUAA